AUGCACGCACGUAUUAUUGAUGCUGGGUCUGUCUACGGGGGAGUUCGCGCUCUUAACGUGGACAGUGUGCGCCUUCUCAGGGCGCCACUGGACGUUUCAGGAGCAUACAGCUACAUGGACGUGUAUAAGGCAGAAUAUUAUGAAAAGGGCUGGUUCUCCUUCGCCUUGCGCUUCGAGAAGUCGCGCUUGAAGUUCGAGGAGGCGAUGAAGAGCUCUAUGUCCUUCUCCGCCUCCUCGCGGACCCACGAGGUCAGGUACAAGCUCCCGAUGUGUACUUGA